AGGAAGGUGAUCAUCUGAGUGGCUCCGAGAGUUCUUUUGUCGUCCGUCCUGACUUUAUUUCCCGACCAAUUACCUGGCUGUUUUCUAGCCUAAUCGGUUCCUACUAGCUUUCCUCCUCCUCGCCCCACUUGUCGUCCAGUCUCAUAUAUUUUUCCCCUGUUCCCUCCCCACCUUUUCAUUAUUGGUACCGGCCCUCACCUUGCCCUGUGAUUGGCUGAAGUUCAGCGGCUCAGAGCCGUAAUUGGCUCGGCUCGGCGCACCAGCUAUUUCUGUGAACUACGCUGGUGAUGGAGGGAGCGCUGCUGAAAUGGACCAACUAUCUUUCGGGUUGGCAGCCACGGUAUUUCGUACUAGAGAAUGGCAUCCUCUCCUAUUACGAUUCACAGGAUGAUGUGGGCAAGGGUAGUAAAGGCAGCAUCAAGAUGGCUGUGUGUGAAAUCAAAGUACACACUACUGACCCCACUCGUAUGGAGCUGGUCAUCCCAGGUGAGCAAUACUUCUACUUGAAGGCAGGAGGUGCUGCUGAGAGACAGAAAUGGCUGGUGGCUUUGGGUAGCUCCAAGGCCUGCCUUGGGGACAGCAGGAGCCAGAAAGAGAGAGACCUGGACCUAAGCAACGAGUCCCUUGGGAGGAAACUGUCUGAACUACGGCUGUAUUGUGAUGUGCUGACACAGCAGGUCCUGGCUGUGCAGGAUGCAACGCACCUUCAAGACAAUGGCUCCCCUCUUGAUAUCCAGAAGAUGAAUGACGCUUCAUCCUUGUUGCGAGCAACCUGCAGCCAGUUCAUCUCCACGCUAGAAGAGUGCAUGAAAUUUGCAAACACCCGAUUGGCUCCUGAGCUUUACCAUCCUUUGACAGUCCCCCAGCCUUCGGAUUUUGUUGGCACCAGACUCCCACAUACCCACCGGGUAAGACGCUCCAUGAGCCACACAGGCAUAGCCUCAUCGGAAAGAGCUCUGGAGCCGGCUCAGGUCCCAUCAGCAGCAUCUCCCAAAGGCGCCGUGACCGUGCUGCGCAACUUGGAGGAGAUGAUACCCUGUCAUCAGCACAAGACUCUCCAGUGGACUCAGCCGGUGGUGACCAAUGACUGUAAUCUGGAUUUUGGUGUUGCCUUGGCUUUUGUGGACGGUUUGGAGCCAUCCUUACAGCUAUCUAGCUAGCUAGAAUAACUGGCCCAGGGUUCCCUCCUCUAGUUUAGGAAUAGCCUUGGCCUGCAGGAUGCAUGGCUGGAUGCCAUCCUGCGCUCCUGUGAAGCUGAUGGGCAUGAAGGGCAAAGAGUAGGUGGCAGACUCUGUUCUGUGCUUCAGUCUUGUAGUUGCCAGCUCUCUGGGAAUGCUCCCAGGUGCACUGGCUGUUCCAAAGCAGUCCUCAAUGAGGUUGGGGAGCUGGAUAGUGACUGGCUUUCUGUACUGGAUUGGGUAUGAUGGAAGAGGUGGCCCUGAAGAGAGCAUGGGAUCCUUGGAAGGCAGCUUCAUAUUGGACAGGCUGCCAAACAAUCUCCAAGUGCUGCCCCAGACAGCCCUGUGCUUAGGCCAGCGCUUUGGUCACUGAUGUGGCUGGUGGCAGAUGCAAAGCGCCUUCUUUCCUUUCAUCAGCAUAUCAUCUGUGUAACAGUCUAGUUUUAGAGUUACUUUGCUCCAGGUUGUUUAGGGAAGUGCCCUGCUGCCUAUCACUUUGGAUGCUGGGCCAAGGUUUUGUCCAGGGAUUUGCUCUAGAUGCAAGCCUUCUCCAGGAAGGACCUCCUUGCUGAGCAUUCCUUCUCCUUCCUCAGAGGGCUCUUCCUCUAAGCCCCAGUGUCCCCAACGUGACUCUCGCAUGGAACUUGCAGAACGGAAUAUAGAAUUCCCCUGACACACUCUCCCCCUGCGUGAGGCAGCGCAUAGUGAAUGCCUGGGGUAGGAAAAGAAGCCUCUUUGGACAUCUGACCUCAGGACAUCUGGCUCCUCCCACUGCACGGCACAGGAUCGUGGUCACGUGACUGUAACCAUUCACAAAUCAAACAAACUGACUCUCCCAUCUUUUUUUAUGUAUAGGAACCAAGUCUUUGUCUUGUGGGAUUGUUUGUCAUCUACAUUUUUGAACAGAAGCAGGGCACACUCUUGGGUGGCUUUCUCCCUGCCCCCCCUCCCCUUCCCUCCCCUCCCUGUCUCUGGAGCCCAUUCACAUGGAGAGCCGUGCCAAAGAUCAGACUCUAAUUUUGAAUGAAGACUCUAAUUUUGAAACGAA